AUGGGGGCCGUGAUCUGGCCUGGCUCCCAGCCUGGCCUCCGAGGUUUGAAUUCCAGCUUUGUGCCCGCUGUGCUGCUCGGAAGCCGGGGCCGGCAGCGGGCCCGGAGCCGCCGCGCAGCCACGUCCCGGCCGGAGCGAGUGUGGCCGGACGGGGUCAUCCCCUAUGUCAUCAGCGGCAACUUCAGCGGCAGCCAGCGAGCCAUCUUCCGGCAGGCGAUGCGGCACUGGGAGAAGCACACUUGUGUCACCUUCCUGGAGCGCAAUGACGAGGACAGCUACAUCGUGUUCACCUACCGCCCCUGCGGGUGCUGUUCCUAUGUGGGGCGCCGAGGAGGGGGACCCCAGGCCAUCUCCAUCGGCAAAAACUGUGAUAAAUUCGGCAUCGUGGUGCACGAGCUGGGCCACGUCAUCGGCUUCUGGCACGAGCACACGCGCCCCGACCGGGAUGACCAUGUCUCCAUCAUCCGGGAGAACAUCCAGCCAGGGCAGGAAUACAACUUCCUGAAGAUGGAGCCAGAGGAGGUGGAGUCGCUGGGGGAGACCUAUGACUUUGACAGCAUCAUGCACUACGCCAGGAACACCUUCUCCAGGGGCAUCUUCCUGGACACCAUCCUGCCCAAAUACGACGUGAACGGCGUCCGUCCCGCCAUCGGCCAGAGGACACGGCUCAGCAAAGGGGACAUCGCCCAGGCCCGCAAGCUCUACCGCUGCCCAGGUAGUGUCGCUGCCCCGAGCACCCCCGGGGCUGUAUUUCCCAGGAAACACUCGGCUUUGCCCCAAAUCUUGGCAAAAGCGGCGUCAUCCUAGGUGAAUUCCCUGUUUCCAGGGGAUUUGGGGUCCUCCGUGCUAUGUUGGGGUGGUGAGGAAGAAGAGAUGGCGGUGAGGAAGAGGAGGGUUCCAGCACGGCAGCCCAGCACGCCUUCCUCCCCAGGCAGGUUCUGUGGGAACAAGCUGCCCGAGCCCAUCAUCUCCACCGACAGCCGCCUCUGGGUGGAGUUUCGGAGCAGCAGCAACUGGGUGGGCAAAGGUUUCUUCGCCGUCUACGAAGCCAUCUGCGGGGGGGACGUGAAGAAGGACAACGGCCACAUCCAGUCCCCAAAUUACCCCGAUGAUUAUCGGCCCAGCAAGGUGUGCGUCUGGAAAAUCACCGUGUCCGAGGGCUACCACGUGGGAUUGACCUUCCAGUCCUUCGAGAUCGAGCGUCACGACAGCUGCGCCUACGACUACCUGGAGAUCCGGGAUGGGAGCAGCGACUCGAGCAGCCUCAUCGGCCGCUACUGCGGCUACGACAAACCCGACGACAUCAAGAGCACCUCCAACAAGCUCUGGAUGAAAUUUGUCUCCGACGGCUCCAUCAACAAGGCCGGCUUCGCCGUCAACUUCUUCAAAGAGAUGGACGAGUGCUCCCGGCCCAACAACGGCGGCUGCGAGCAGCGCUGCGUCAACACCCUGGGCAGCUACAAGUGUGCCUGCGACCCUGGCUACGAGCUGGCGUCCGACAAGCGCCGCUGCGAGGCCGCCUGCGGAGGUUUCCUCACCAAGCUCAACGGCUCCAUCACCAGCCCGGGCUGGCCCAAGGAGUACCCCCCGAACAAGAACUGCAUCUGGCAGCUGGUGGCCCCCACCCAGUACCGCAUCUCCCUCCAGUUCGACUUUUUUGAGACCGAGGGCAACGAUGUGUGCAAAUACGACUUUGUGGAGGUGCGCAGCGGGCUCACAGCCGACUCCAAGCUGCACGGGAAGUUCUGCGGAGCCGAGAAGCCCGACGUCAUCACCUCCCAGUACAACAACAUGAGGAUCGAGUUCAAGUCCGACAACACCGUCUCCAAAAAGGGCUUCAAAGCCCAUUUCUUCUCAGGUAGAGCUGCCCGCCCCCAGAAUGGGCGUCCCCUGCCCUCCCUCACCCAGCCC